GGCUAGGUGAUAAUCACGUCAUUUGUCUCAGCGCUGUGUGACUACAUCCAUGGGGACUCUGAAAAUGUUUGCUGGAGCUUUUGUUCUAGUGUUGGCUGUCAAAUUCUUUCCGUGUUCUGCUGAACUUGCCGUACGCCAGGCAGGUAGCCUGGCAGACCUGCAAACCAAACUAAACCAACUAAAAACAACAGUAGAAAACAAUCAAAACCAACUGCAAGCGACGAUUCAACAGAUUGAAAAUAAACUACGGAAAAUGCCUUUAGAGCUGCAAGGUUGUAGAAGGAAUAAUCCAAUAAGCUAUGCAAGCGGAGUUCAAAAGAUUAAUGAUAUUCUAUACGCAUUGUGUGAUACACAAACUGACGGUGGAGGAUGGGUCAUCAUUCAGAGACGUAUAUCAGGUGGUGUUAACUUCACCAAAACCUGGAGCGAAUAUAAAGAAGGAUUUGGAUCGCAAGAUGGUGACUUUUGGAUCGGAAAUGAUUGGAUCUCGAGACUAACUAGGAUGGGUUAUACACAACUAAGAUUCGACAUGAAGUAUAACGGACAUAACUACUACGCUGUGUACAGUAAUUUUAAGGUAGGAAAUGAAACAGAAAAAUAUAAGAUGACCGUCGGGAAUCACCAUGGAAAUGCUCCAGACAAGUUUCUUAUCAACAAUAACAGGUUUUUUACAACCAUUGACGCUGAUAACGAUGGGAACCGGUAUGGAAACUGUGCUGUAGACAGGAGAGGUGGCUGGUGGUUUUAUUCUUGUGGGGCUGUUAACCUCAAUGGUGAAUGGGGGAGUCAUGUUACUGAUAAAGGAAUUAUUUGGGAAGGCAUUACAGGCAUUUCUAACUCUCUAACCUUUGCUGAGAUGAAAAUUCGUAAAGUGUAAGAAUAAUUUUUAAAAAAGUUAAACAAAUGAGUAAAAAGACACACAAUUACAAAUUACUAAUAUGACCGACAACAGCAUAAAGUAAUGAGUAUAAAGUAAAAUAAAAAUGUGAAUUUAAGAAAUUUAAGUUAAAAUAUUUUAAACCUAACAUAAAUCAUUUAUCGAGGACAUUAUAGAAGAUGUUUUGAAUUAAUUAUAGUUAUGCAUUAAUUAUUUCGAGAGUGUUUUAUUGCAUGAAAAGUUGAA